CAUGGCAACCCCGGGCCGCCGCGGCCAUGGCGGAGCCGCAGGACGCCACGGUUUCUUCAUCGCCGGUGGCUACAGAGCCAACAAAACCCCGUCCUAAAAAAGCACCAGAGCUGCCAAUCCUAGAGAGGAGGAACUGGUUGAUUUAUCUGCUUUACGUCCGCAGAGACUACGAGGAGUGCAAGGCUGUCAUCAAAGAGCAGCUCCAGGAGUCCCAAGGGCUCUGUGAAUAUGCUGUCUACGUUCAAGCUUUGAUAUUUCGCUUGGAGGGGAAAAUUCAAGAAUCUCUUGAACUUUUCCAGACAUGUUCCAUUCUGAACCCUCGAAGCGCUGACAACCUCAAGCAGGUGGCACGAUCCCUGUUUCUCCUGGGGAAGCACAAGGCAGCCAUCGAAGUGUACAAUGAAGCAGCAAAACUCGAUGAGAAGGACUGGGAGAUCAGCCACAACCUGGGUGUGUGCUAUAUGUACCUGAAACACUUYAACAAGGCACAAGACCAGCUCAACAAUGCCCUGGAGCUCAACAGACAUGAUCUGACCUACAUGAUGCUGGGCAAGAUUCACCUCUUGGAGGGGGACACGGAUAAAGCCAUUGAAGUCUAUAAGAAAGCUGUAGAGUUUUCUCCAGAAAACACAGAACUCCUCACAUCCCUGGGCCUACUGUACCUGCAGACUGGGGAUUACCAGAAGGCUUUUGAACACCUUGGAAAUGCACUUACCUACGACCCAGGCAACUACAAGGCCACCCUGGCUGCUGGCAGCAUGAUGCAGGCCCAYGGGGAUUUCGAUGUGGCCCUCUCCAAGUACAAGGUGGUGGCCAGCAGUGUUCCUGAGAGCCCUCCCCUCUGGAACAACAUCGGCAUGUGCUUCUUCGGCAAGAAGAAAUAUGUAGCAGCUAUCAGCUGCCUGAAGAGGGCCAACUACCUGGCUCCCUUUGACUGGAAGAUCCUGUACAACCUGGGCUUGGUGCACCUGACCAUGCAGCAGUACGCCUCGGCCUUCCACUUCCUCAGCGCUGCCAUCAACUUCCAGCCCAAGAUGGCAGAGCUCUACAUGCUGCUGGCAGUUGCUCUGACCAACCUUGAAGACAUCGAGAAUGCCAAAUGCUCCUACGAACAAGCUGUKGCCCUGGACAAGUGCAACCCCCUCAUCAACCUGAACUACGCUGUCCUGCUCUACAACCAGGGCGACAAGCAGGGYGCCCUGAGCCAGUACCACGAGAUGGAGAGGAAGGUCACCGAGGCCAGGGAGAGCAGCGCGCCCGACUUCGACCCCGAGAUGGUGGAGAUGGCCCAGAAGAUGGGAGCAGCCCUGCAGGCUGGGGAGAGCCUGGUGUGGACCAAGCCUUCCAAAGAGUCCAAAUCCAAGCAGAAAGCUGCUGUGUCAGGGAAAUCCAGCUCUCAGCAGCCUUUGGGCUCCAACCAGGCCCUGGGUCAAGCCAUGUCCUCUGCUGCAGGGUAUGGGAAAACCAUGCAGCUGCCCCCAGAGCCUGAGUUAAUUCCUGUUUGUACUGAACUCUGCCAGCUGAGUGAGACCCUGUACCUGAGSUUCAUUCGAGCAGGACUUUGGGCACUGUCAGGUGCUGCAACACCAGCUCUACCAAAAAAGCCUCCCUCCCUGCCUCUGGAGCCAGAUCAGGGGCAGGACUCGGAACCGAGCCCCGAGGAGAACUCAGCUCCCACGGGGGACGAGGAGCAGAGCAAGGAGAAGCACCAGAGCCAGGAGGCAGCRGAGUAGGGAGCCUGUUCUGGGCAGGACAGGGGGCAGGAGCAUCUCCAGGGCUGCCUGGCAUCUGGAAAGGGCCCUGUCCCCCUGCCCCAUGGUGUUCUCUCCCCACUGCCAGUCAGUGAUUUUAGCUCGUGGGCUCUGCCUUGUCCCAGAAGUCAUGGCAGUGACCCCAGGUUUCUGUUAGCUACCCUUAGUGUGCUCACAGCUCACCACGAGACUGGAAGGCCCAGCUCUCCACAGGUUGGGUGUGAGUCCUCCACAGGGACAUUUAGCAAAGCCAGCAGUAGAGAUUUAGGAACCUGGACCCUGAGGAGGACCAAAUCCUUCCAGUGGCUGAACUGGUAAGCAGCUGAUUGCAUAAAGAACCAGAAAACUGAGGCUUCAGGGCUCUGUGCUGGCUGGUGGAGCUCCCCAGCUGUCUGCCAGUGCAUUUCCUGCUAUUAGUUCUGCACUGUUGGAUUGUACCACUCCACAAUUACCGGCCCAGGAGAGGAAUUCAGUAAUGGGAACUUCUCCGARGCAGCACAAGCAGGGCUCUGGGUACAUCCCAGCCUCCAGCUGUGCUUUGUGGUUUGCUGCUCUUAUCCAGAACAUUGAUGCAUCUUUAGAGCCCAGCCAGGAGCUGAAGUGCUCUCCUGCUCCUUGGAGAGCAGUGAAAGAGUAGGACCCAUCAUCUUCCCCUGGGUCCUGAUSGCCCAAACUGCCUGUUUAUCUUAAAUGUGGAUUUUUUUCCCCCAGCCAUCCUUUCUGCUGAGUUUCAUGUCAGUUCAGCUCUCCUGUAAGAAUUCCCUCCUGCCAGGAGUUAAAGUAAACAGAAUUUUUUGUGGAGCACUGGCAAAUUGAAAUGAACCAGACAAGGUGCAGAGUAAGUCAGGUACAGUGCAAAGGUUUUUAUUCACAUUUAACUUCUUACACUGAAAGUUCCUGCAGUCUAAUAGAGUGCCUGGGAAGAAGAGGUGAGGGAUGCAGAGCAGG